CUUGUGAUUGGACCAAUUCAUAAUUUCGGUAGUGAGGAACAAAAGCAGAAGUAUAUUCCUGCACUGGCGGCCGGUGAAAAGAUUGGAUGUUUUGGUUUAACGGAACCAAAUCAUGGUUCAAACCCAGCUGGUAUGGAGACGAAAGCGAUCUGGGAUGAGAACUCGAAAGUGUAUAAAUUAUCUGGUACUAAAACAUGGAUAAGUAAUUCACCAGUU